AACAGUUUUGAAAAUUUGCACAGGUUAACUUUUAAAGCAGUUCUCUUUAAUUCUUUUAAUGUAUAAAUGUACUUACUAGGAAGUUAAACAAUUCAUAAUUGCUGGUUAGAAAAAUGGAUCAAACUAUGUUUGUUUUUUUAAAAAAUAAAAACCUUCACUUUAAUUGCAUUGUUGCUAGGGGAAAGAUUACACUCCUCUCUCUGUCCCUUGCUGACCAAAACGGUUACAAGUGAGCUGGCAAACUAAGCUGAACUGAAUGGUGUGCCUGAGAGAAAAGAGAAGAGAGGGAAUAAAGAGGAAGCAGCAACAGGUCUUGCAAACAUUAACAAACCACAAGAGAAACAACUUUGGGCUAUUUUUAUCCGAUCCCGGUCUGCUUGUCAAGGACCCCCAUCUUUAAAAAUCUAGAGCCUAUAGGACAACUUUUUAUUGCCUGGCAAGCCUACAUUAAAGCCCUGUCUUUGUUUACUUAAAAGUACUGGGUGGGGCCAUCAAGCUACAGUAGCACCAAUCUUCGCUAACAGAAAGGAGGAAAAAACUAAAAAGAUAGCAAUUAAAGUUCCAUCUUGGUCAGCCUUUAAAACAUGUGGUUAAUGGUUAAAUUGAAAGCCUGCAGCACAUAUUAAAGCAAUUGUGCUGGCAUGUUUUGAGAGACAGACCGCACUGGCUAUUACAUUUCUGAUUAUGCCAAUGGCAGCAACUGCCUGGAGUUCAGAAAAGGAUGGAGAAUCUGUUGAAAAUAAAAACAAUGAAGGUCUCGAUAGCACAGCAGUUCCUGAUGGAGGGUGGGGCUGGCUGAUCGUUGUCAACUUUUUUCUAGUAAAUGUAUUUGUAAUUGGAACACUGAAAAACUUUGCCAUUUUCUUUGUGGCUGUUCAAGAAGAUAUUGGUGGCUCUUCUGAACAUGUCAGCUGGAUUGGGUCCAUUAUGUCCUCACUUCGAUUCCUAGCAGCACCUCUAGUAACUACAGUGUGUGAACUACUAGGAGAACGGAAAACUUCCUUGUUAGGGGCUCUCCUGGUUGGUGCUGGUUUUCUUAUUAGCACACUGGCCACAAGCAUUCCUUUUCUUUGGGUCUCUAUGGGAUUCCUAACAGGGCUGGGUUUUUGUCUGUUAUAUCAGAUAGCUGCUGUCAUGGUAAUUAAGUACUUCAGGAGAUACCUGGCUCUAGCCAAUGCAAUUGGCCGCUCAGGAAUGGGGCUGAGUGUUGUGCUAACACCAUUUGUUCAAUUCCUUAUAGAAAUGUACAGUUGGCAAGGUUUCUUAUUGAUAUAUGGCGGCAUUAUGUUGAACCUUGUCCCUUCUAGCCUGCUACUACGGCCAGUUUAUAAGAAAAAAACCAGAGGCAUCAGUCCUAAAAGUGAAGGUCAAAUAGUUGCACUAAGUAUGUUUCCAAAGACUUUCAAAAGCAGCCUAGAUAAUAUCUGCACCAGAGAAUUGAACAUACUGGAUCCUCCCAAUCAAGAAUGUGCUAAAUUAGACAACCUACAACAGCCUGAUAACUUAGCCCCAAUUAAUUGCAAGCUUUCUGAAAUGUCACAUAAAAACAAUUGUGUGGACAUCUACAAGAAUGAUAACCAAACUGGUGAUCAAAGUUGCAUCCAAUCAAAUGAGAAAGGAAAAUCCAGGGUACAGCAUUUUAUCCAGAAGCAAUGCCAUCUUAUUGUUUCUCACUUGAAAAAUCCCUUCUUCUUUAUUUUCACAUGGUCUUUUCUCUUUAGUCAACUUGCCUAUUUUAUCCCAACUUUCCAUCUUGCAGCCAGAGCCAAAACAUUGGGUAUUGACCCAAUGGAUACUGCUUACAUCAUAUUAGUAGCUGGGAUAGUAGAGACAGUCAGUUUACUGGUCUCUGGCUGGAUUGCUCAUCAAAACUGGACCAAGACAUAUAAUUACCAUAAAACAUACCUCAUUCUUUGUGGGGUCACUAAUCUGCUGUGUCCACUGGCUACAACCUUCCCAUUACUUAUGAGUUACUCUGUAAUUUUUGCCAUUUUCAGUGGUGGAUAUCUUGCACUGCUGUUUCUUGUACUGGUAGAUCUUGUUGGUGCAGCCAGAUUUCACAGUGCCUUGGGACUUGCCUCAUUCAUUGCUGGGCUCGGAGUUAUUGUUGGACCUCCUAUAGCAGGUUGGCUGUAUGAUUACACACAGACAUAUGCAGGCUCCUUCAUUUUGACUGGUAUAUGUUUCCUUGUUUCAUCCAUUUCAUUAUUCUUGGAACCUUUAGUCCAAAAAUGGAGACAAGAAAGUUGAAUCCACUGCAAUCCAGAUUCUACAAUUCUCCAAAGUCUGAUCUUGUAGAAGUUAUAAAUUUUCAAUAAACUAAUUAUGGGA